UUUUUGCCCACUUAGAGCUCUGGUGGAGGAGCACUUGCCGAUAGCAGAUCGUGGAUCGGGAUUUUUUUCCGAUGAUAUGUUUAUUCCAAGAAGUAUUACUAUGCCUUUACGGUCGGGAUACCUGCGUUCGUGGCGUCAUCAGCCAAUUCGUCGAAGCGGAAAAUCACACAUAAGAAAGUGGAAAGGAGGAUUCGAGGUAAAUCUUGAUGUCCAGCAUUUCAAACCUGAUGAAGUAUCAGUGAAGAUUAGAGAUGAUUUUAUUGUAAUUGAGGGUAAUCAUGAGGAACGUCAAGACCAACAUGGUUUCAUAUCAAGACAGUUUACCCGUCGUUAUAAAUUGCCUGAAAAUACUGACAUAGAUGCUGUAACAUCAAAGUUAUCAUCAGAUGGUGUUCUCACCAUUAAAGCACCCAAAAAGGCACCCUUAAAAGACUCAACUGAGCGUGUAGUGCCUAUUGUCCAGACAAAUAAACCAGCUGUCACAAAAGCAGGACAUGAGAAUCCAGAUGAUAAGCAGGUCCAGACAAAUAAACCAACUGUCACAAAAGCAGGACAUGAGAAUCCAGAUGAUAAGCAGGAGAAAAUGGAAGCAUAAAUAAUUAACUUUAUGUGAAGUAUUACUCCGUUUGAAAGAUUCCAUUUUCUGGAAUAAAAAGACUGAUUGUACUUUCCAUUAUUUACCUUUUUAUUUAUUUCUUCUACUGCAACUGUAAGACUGGCUUCACCAGAUUUGAGUAAUGUACUUUUUUAAGAACAUUUUAUGAAUAAAGCACAGAUAAUUAAA